AUGGAUGUUUUUAAAAAAGAUAUCUUAUUCUUUUAUUUUAAUUGCACAAUCAAAUAUUCAAUUCAACUAACAAUAAAUAUCUAUUGCUACUUUGUAGAUCGUCUUGUUUACAAUGUUACAACAUGUCGUCGAUGGUCGAUUAGUGACAAUAAUAAUAAUUUAUAUUGCAAAGUUAGUGGUGUUAUUGGUAUGGUAUGGUAUGAGCGUGUGUUGAGUGUGAUGUGUGAAGUUAAUUGUUAUUCACUUUCUUUGGUUUGGAAUUUAAUAAGUCUUUCAGAAUAUUUAUUGUAUCAAUAUGAUAAUGAUGAUGAUGAUGAUGAUGAUGAUGUGAUUUUUGCCGGUGGAAAUUAUGUGUUUGAUCAGCAGAGAACAAUUGAAUUAUCAUUCACUAUUAAUUAA